CCGGAAGAGGCUCUGCGUAAGGGCGUUGGGGGCGGAAGUGACGGGAAGGUGGUAGUGGAGUAGUUGGCGGGUGGUUGAUCAGACCCGGUCGCCAUGUCCGCGGGGAGCGCGACACAUCCUGGAGCCGGCGGGCGCCGCAGCAAAUGGGACCAACCAGCUCCAGCCCCCCUUCUGUUUUUGCCACCGGCGACCCCAGGGGGGGAGGUUACCAGCAGUGGGGGAAGCCCGGGGGGCUCCACAGCUGCACCCUCUGGAGCCUUGGAUGCUGCUGCUGCUGUGGCUGCCAAGAUCAAUGCCAUGCUCAUGGCCAAAGGAAAGCUGAAACCAACUCAGAAUGCUGCUGAGAAGCUUCAGGCCCCUGGCAAAGGCCUAACUAGCAAUAAAAGCAAGGAUGACCUGGUGGUGGCUGAAGUAGAGAUCAAUGAUGUGCCUCUCACAUGUAGGAACUUGCUGACCCGAGGACAGACUCAAGAUGAGAUCAGCCGGCUUAGUGGGGCUGCAGUGUCAACUCGAGGGAGGUUCAUGACAACUGAGGAGAAGGCCAAAGUAGGACCAGGGGAUCGUCCAUUGUAUCUUCAUGUUCAGGGCCAGACACGGGAAUUAGUGGACAGAGCUGUAAACCGAAUCAAAGAAAUUAUUACCAACGGGGUAGUCAAAGCUGCAACAGGGACAAGUCCAACUUUUAACGGUGCAACAGUCACUGUCUAUCACCAGCCAGCACCCAUUGCACAGCUGUCUCCAGCUGUUAGCCAGAAGCCUCCCUUCCAGUCAGGGAUGCAUUAUGUUCAAGAUAAAUUAUUCGUGGGUCUUGAACAUGCUGUGCCCACUUUUAAUGUCAAAGAGAAAGUGGAAGGUCCAGGCUGCACCUAUUUGCAGCACAUUCAGAUUGAAACAGGUGCCAAAGUCUUCCUACGAGGGAAAGGCUCAGGCUGCAUUGAGCCAGCAUCUGGCCGAGAAGCUUUUGAACCUAUGUACAUUUACAUCAGUCAUCCCAAACCAGAAGGCCUAGCUGCUGCCAAGAAGCUCUGUGAGAAUCUCUUGCAAACAGUUCAUGCUGAGUACUCUAGAUUUGUGAAUCAGAUCAAUACUGCUGUACCCUUACCAGGCUAUACACAACCCUCUGGUAUAAGUAGUGUCCCUCCUCAGCCACCAUACUAUCCAUCCAAUGGCUAUCAGUCUGGUUACCCUGUUGUUCCCCCCCCUCAGCAGCCAGUCCAGCCUCCUUACGGAGUGCCAAGUAUGGUGCCACCAGCUGUCUCUCUGGCACCUGGAGUCUUGCCAGCACUGCCCACUGGAGUUCCACCUGUGCCAACACAAUACCCGAUAACACAAGUGCAGCCUCCAGCUAGCACUGGACAGAGUCCGAUGAGUGGGCCUUUUAUUCCUGCUGCUCCUGUCAAAACUGCCUUGCCUGCUGGCCCCCAGCCCCCACCCCAGCCCCAGCCCCCACUCCCAAGUCAGCCCCAGGCACAGAAGAGGCGAUUCACAGAGGAGCUGCCAGAUGAACGAGAAUCUGGACUUCUUGGAUACCAGCAUGGACCCAUUCAUAUGACUAAUUUAGGUACAGGCUUCUCCAGUCAGAAUGAGAUUGAAGGUGCAGGAUCGAAGCCGGCAAGUUCCUCAGGCAAAGAGCGCGAGAGGGACAGGCAGUUGAUGCCUCCACCAGCCUUUCCAGUGACUGGAAUAAAAACAGAGUCUGACGAAAGGAAUGGGUCUGGGACUUUAACAGGGAGUCAUGAUUAUCCAGUCAAGAAAAUGAAAACUACAGAGAAGGGGUUUGGCUUGGUGGCUUACGCUGCAGAUUCAUCUGACGAAGAGGAGGAACACGGAGGUCAUAAAAAUGCAAGUAGUUUUCCACAGGGCUGGAGUUUGGGAUAUCAGUAUCCUUCAUCACAACCACGAGCUAAACAACAGAUGCCAUUCUGGAUGGCUCCAUAGGCAACAGUGGAGCAGAGAUUUGAGCCUUGGUGACUCUCUAGCAAUAAUGCAUGCGUUUGAUUUAAUAAGACUCUGGGGCCUGUACGGGGAACCAUCUUGGACUUUUGCAGAAGUCAGUGAUGGGGGGAAAAAAAGUCAGUGAUGAGUGUGCCCUUUCUUAAAGGGUUUCCAUUCUUUUUUAAAGAAAAUCCUUAUUUCUGCAGUGACAUAGAAUCUGUUAAAAUUUACUUAGAAUUACAAAUUUGUCUCAAGCUUUUUAACAGUUGGUGAAAUGUGCUUGUUCAACAGGGUCAUUUCAAUAUACCCUUGACCUGGUCCAGUCUUUUCCAAAUGAAUAGCCCCUAUUCUGACAUAAAGCAAGUUUUAUUUGUAUUUUACUACUGUUUGGUCAAUUUUGAUAAUAACUGGUUCCAAACAAAGCCUUACUAUUUAUUAGUGGGGAAAUGAUUUUAAGACCAUCCUUUCCUUUCAGUACUUAAAUCUAAAAACCUCCUCAUCCCUAUUUCAUUUUUUGGAUUCUUUGUUUUGGAAAAUGCAGUUUUACUAAUGCAGAACUGUUGGAUAUAGCUGAAUCCUGGGAUAUUGAAGGAUUUUUUCCAUUGGGAUGAUCCAAAGCUGGUACCUUUCAGGCACUCUUGUCUCAGAUAGCCAUUGCUGUUUUUACUGCCCGUCUAAGCUCCUUGUCUUCAACUGGGUCUGAGAAAAUUACUUGAUCAAAAGCUGGUCAGAACUCAUCACAGAAAUGACAUCCAAUGGUCUGUCUCUCUGAGAACUGGUUGCAGCUAAAAAUAGAGAGAUUUGACUGCUUGGAAUAGAAUGGUGGACUUAGUGACUGAAAUUGCAACUUGUCCUUUUUCUUGGCAUUACAGGUUUUGCCAAAAGAACUUUUUUGUAUCAAAUAUUGAUGUGUGAAAGUGAAGGAGCUAGUCUGCUGAACCAGGAGUAGUUUGAGAUACUGAACUGUCAUUUUUGCACAUUUGAAUACUUUGCAGACUGGCUUUGUAUAAACGUAUCCUCUGGUUUCCUAUAUGUUGUAAAUAUUUAGAUCAUAAUUUCAUUAUAAAUAAAUGUAUAAAUAUUC